AUAUAUAUUUAUACUGACUGAUAGUUACGUGUACAUACGUAGGAAAUAUUAAUAAUGUAUGUAAUUUGUAUCUAUAAUCAUACUGAGUGGUGGUUGCCUAGGAUACGUAUCAUCGAGGGUCGUACAGUGCUCACAUUCCCAAGACGAAGCGGUACCAGAGACUGAGGAUCAGGAAACCUCUAAGGAGAAGAAAGCGGAGGUCAGAGAAGAUCCAUAUUUCGGAUGACGGCUACACCUCAGACCCAGGCCCAAUGCCAGAGGACCAUGGGCCUGACGAGGCCUCUCUCCCACCUGGUGCCACACUCCAACCUGGGGACAUGGAUGAAGAUGAGAAACAGAAAGAGUGCAGACAGAUAAGAGGGGCACGGUCAAGGGGCGGAGUCUCGACUCAACCGGCAGCGACGAGAAAUCCAGAGAAAGCUGGAAAAGACGCGGACGCAGCUGGCCCAAGAGAAGAAAGACUACCGCGAGACGCAAACCUCGUUACUGCAGGAUUUGGAGGUCACUACCAGCGAAAAGACCCACACGAGACUAAGGAACAGAGUUCAGAGGGACCACAUUAAGGCCAUCGAACAGAACCUGAGGAAGAUUGACAAGUACCAGAAGGGCAUCGCCACACUGCAGGAGGGCGGGGCCAAAGAGGGACUCAGGGGAAAGAUAGAAGGAGGCCUAAAGGCACCUUUCGCGUAAGUCGUUCUUUUUU